GCAGUCCCAGACAGUUAAGGAGUUCUCAAAGACUCGCUCUGCUGUGCAGAAUCUCGUGUUCAAAACAGAGACGCUGAGCCGCUUGCCACAAUGUGCAAAGGACUCGCGGCUUUGCCCCAUUCGUGCCUGGAAAGGGCCAAGGAGAUUAAGACCAAGUUGGGAAUUCUCCUCCAGAAGCCAGACUCAGCGGUUGACCUUGUCAUCCCAUACAAUGAGAAGCCGGAGAAACCAGCCAAGACCCAGAAACCCCCACUGGAUGAGGCUCUGCAAUGGCGUGACUCCCUGGACAAGAUCCUGCAGAACAACUAUGGGCUUGCCAGCUUCAAAAGUUUCCUGAAGUCUGAAUUCAGUGAGGAAAACCUCGAGUUCUGGCUGGCCUGUGAGGACUACAAGAAGAUCAAGUCCCCUGCCAAGAUGGCCGAGAAGGCGAAGAAAAUUUAUGAAGAAUUCAUCCAAACGGAGGCUCCUAAAGAGGUGAAUAUCGAUCACUUCACAAAGGACAUCACAACGAAGAACCUGGUGGAACCGUCCCCGAGCAGCUUCGAUGUGGCCCAGAAAAGAAUCUAUGCCCUGAUGGAAAAGGAUUCACUGCCUCGCUUUGUGCGCUCGGAGUUUUAUCAGGAAUUAAUCAAGUAGUAAUUUAGUCGGGCUGUGUGGAUCAUCCAGUGAGUUAUUUCCUCUGUAAUAACCCUGCAUUUUCCAGCAAUCUAAUCUACAUUAGCUUCCCAUAGCUGCUUCGUUCGAAGAUACCCAAACAGGGGAAAAUCCCGGGUGGUGUUGUUGACUCUUUUUGUGCACAUUAUUUUGGAUGUUUAUCUAGUGUCUGAAUGCCUUCCUCUCCCAUUUUCUUCUUCCUGCCCCAUUCUUAAGGAUGUUGUUGUCAACGCUAAUCACAGUCACAGGAAAAUUCUGCUUAUGGCAAGGAAACAUAAGAAAAGAAUAUGAUACCGUAGAAUGUGGGUCCAUUUGGUUUAGGUAAUGGAUCUCUAUCCACCCAGAUUGGUACGAAAAAGAAUGUGGAUGUGGAAAGACCGAUUUCAAAUGAGAUCCAUUGAUCUCAUUUGUUGUUUUCAUUCUGACCCAGGGGGAAUUAUCCCUCCAUUUCUGACCUUGGUUACUAAAAGGUGGUAAGAAUUUUAUGAGGCAGCCAUUAUUUGAUUUCUAAGCAAAUACAUUAUUUAAAAUAUCAAUCUUCCCUUUAGAGCCUCUUUGCAUUGGCUGGAGAUCACUAGCCAGAGAUAUAACCAUAAAUAUGUUAUGUUUAUACAAAGUCAAGCUGAACACAAUCCAUAUGGGUUCUUUCCUUAUACCUCUCUCAUACCCCCCACCAAGUUACCAAAUCUUGUAUUAAAUCAACAACCUGACAAUGGAGUAUUUAAUAAAUGUAUAUAUAUAUGCAUCUAAGUACGUAGGCCCAAAGUUUCCAUUUUCAAAUUAUUUUAAGUCCCCGUGAGUAUGAAAUUCCAAACUUUGCAACUCCACUCACGUAAAAUACAACAGAUGCCGUCCAGCGCGAUUUCUCUUACCGCCACAUCAGGAGAGCUAUCCACUAAAAUGGGAAAACUUUGUCAGGCCUACAAAUGGCUAAUUACCCUAUGAUGCCAUCUGUUUAUUUAGGGAAUGGCGAUUAUCUUCAAAAGAACAAAUUAUCUUUAGAAAAAUUAAUUCGACUGCGGAGGCUUUCUGAGAUAGCAUUCCGAAGGACCCCACGUUUUGCGAAACAAUGUGAUUUUUUACCAACUCCAUCUCUCCCUGCCCUGUUUUGCUGCCCAUGUUAGUGGGUUGUACUCGUCUUCAAAGUGCACAUGUAUAUCCUAACGUGACUUGCACACAGCUGAUCGAUAGGCCGUGGUAUUUUUUAGUAGUUUUAAACUUUUAAUUCCGUCUUUCAUUAUUAUAAGUCUCGCUAGAUUUUUUUCUUAUCUCUAGUAGAUUUAAGUAAUGAUUUACAUAAUUUAGUAAUAAGGAGAAUCAAGCUAAACUAUAUUUGAAGCUAACCAGGAAGAAGAUAUUGAGUUAAUUUGAAAAGAACUUGUUAAGGAUUAAUAAAAUUCUGAAGUGUUUAAGGAGAAGAUUACAUUUAGUCUUGUAUUUACUCCUUUUAUUUCCCUUUCUCUUCCACACACUCCUAGUUUUCCAUGUUUGUAGCCUGUUUAUUCAAUUACUUCCUGAGAAUAUCGUUACCAUAUCCUUCAGGCGAACACUGGCUGUUUUUGUUGGCUUUUCUCUAAUUUUGCUAUUUCAAAGGAUACCAUGCACUUCUGAAUACUUGCUAUUUAUCUCACAUUCUGAAAGUGGGCUGGACUAAGUGGGUCCACUGUCAACAGUUGCCAGUGUAGUAAGAGUCCACUUAUAGGUGUAGACAUUGCUCACUGCAGAGAAGCUUGUCAUAAGCAGUCGACAGCUCUCACCGUGAGCAUGGAGACAUCCUCGCCGUGUGCGUUUGUGUAGAAGUGACAGGCGACUCAGAUCAAAAAUUCCUGGUACUGCCUUCCUCCGCAUCCGGCUACACUGUCCAGAUUAGCAUCAAAUCUCCAGCCCUUGAGUUUCUCAUGCAGCUAGAAAGGGUAAGAACACAAGGAUCUAGGGGAGUUACUGUCCUUGAAUGCCAAAACAUUUUUCAGAAAAAUGUUCGUUGAAUUAAAAAUUCAAAAUUUUUGAUUCGCAUUAUUUGAAAGAGCCAAAUGGUUGCCAACACUCAGAGAAUCUACUAGAUGUUCCAGAGCUCACCCAGAUGGUUGCUGUUGCACAGACCCAGAUCAACUGGAUUCACAAACUGCACGCCCUCUGGCGGUGGGGAGGACUUGUCUGUGGACGGUAAAAGGGAGGCCUUCACCCUUCCAUAGGCUGAACUCAGGAGGCAGAGGGCAGGAAAAGCACCAUGAGGGCAGGGCUGUGAAGGGAAAUAAAAAUGAAUGCUUCCCAGCCAAACAACGACCUGUAAUAGAGACAUCUGUAUAUACUAUUUUAAAUUUAAAGUAGUAUACACACACAAUAGAAACUAUUCUAACCUAUGAAAUGAAAAAAUUGAAAGGAAAGCAAGUAUCACAGCCCCAAAUGAGAAAAGCAAACAUAUCAAAAUUGCCCUAAAAAAGUUCUUUGAAAUCUUUGAAAAGGGUUUUUAAACUUAGACAAAAGAAAAUUUAAAAAAAACCCACAGUGUUACUGGAAGUUUCCAUGGUAACACAAAGAAAAUAACAUUCGUUUAAUUCUGGGAACUUAGAAAAACUGGGAUGAUCCUUCCAGGAAAAUAAAAACCUGUGUAAUGUCUGUGUCUCACUGCCUCCCCCUCCUCCCCCCUCCUCCCCACUUUUUCUUGAGUAAAUUGCUGGGAAAGCGUGAAACUUAAUGCAGGAGUCCUGUGGUGCUUCGGUUCUCCCUCCCUUGUGAAAAUGUAGCUACAGUUGUAAGUGAUCUGGGAUGUACAGAGGUAGCGGAAUCAAAUUGUGGUCAAUGCGAAGAGGGAGCUACGCCUCUCCUUCUUGAAGGAAACCUAAGACGAGGCCAGGGAAUAGCCCGCAACCUAACUUUCUCUGCCUGGGUUUGAUACAGUUUGGGCUUGGUGUCAGAUUACGGUCCCAACUGGACCAGAAAAAAGACAUAGACUGUUGAUUCUAGAGGAAAUUAGGAGGCUGUGUUUAUCUACCAAAGCAGUACUUGUUCACGCAAGCGACCCCCUACACACACACACACACACACACACACCCUUGCCUUCUCCUGGCUAGACCUUCUGAAAUGCAGAACUGAGACAUUUCAAUCACUGUGCUUUCACAUCAAUAGCAUCAAUUGUAUGGAAAUGUUCUGUGCCUCACCCCCCACACCCAGGGAGGGUGGGGGAGGGAGGGACUCCAGUUCUGUAGCGAAUGAGCUCUCUGCUCUCCUCUCCGUAGAUUUCAGUGUUUUGUGCCUAAUGAGAAAAAAUUGGUGAAAGGAACUGUUUUUAUUUUUAUCCUCUACAAAUAUGUAGCUUUGCUUGGUUGCCGUGUGCUCUCUCUCUACUCCCUUUGGGUAGGAUGGCGUUACCAACUGCCUCCCAAAGAAUAACAAGUGUUUGGAAUGUUUGGAAGUUUCCAUAAAACCUUCAGCAUCAGCAGAUCAACCGAUCCACCAACAAUAAUUCUCUGCCAGGGCUUUGUCAUCUGUCCCAUCACAGAUUAGAUAAUAAAAAGUGUUUAAAGGGAAAUUCUCUAUUUCAGGGAAAAGGUUUUUUUUAAUCCCUGAAAUCAUUCCCUCCAGCAAUCCAAACAUUUCCUGUUUCCUGGGAAUUUAGCAAGUCUGGGAGAUAAAGGCCCAGGAGAAGAAAAGGGAGAGAGGACAGAGGGUUAGCGAUAAGUGCCCAGGCCUAUAAAGUUAAUCCAUUUCCUAGGAAACAUUUAAGAAUAGCUCCUCUUGACCAAAACCAAACCAUUUCUUUCUGUCAUCAACACGAUUGCGGAAAGGCAUUUCUUGACUCACAGUGCAGCUCAAUGAGAAACUUCCUCUUAAAAUCCUAGGGAGUCUCACGGGGCGCCUGGGUGGCUCAGUCUGUUGAGUUUCCGACUCGGACUCAGGUCAUGAUCUCAUGGUUUGUGGGUUUGAGCCCCGCAUCGGAUUCUGCGUCUCCCUCUCUCUCUCUGCCCCUCCCCAGCUCAUACUCGCGUGCUCUCUCUCUCUCUCUUUCUCAAAAAUAAAUAAAUAUUAAAAGAAAUUUUAAAACAAUAAAAUCAAAUCCGAGGCAGUCUUGAUUAGAGGGAAGAAUCAAUAUGGUGGAUCUGCUGUCCCCACUUGGCUCACCCGCGCCAGGGAGCAGAGAGUGGAGAACUGGGUUUCUAACAUCCAAACGUCUAAACCCAAGAGCCAGGCAACUCUAUGUAGGUUCCAGACGUGAGGUCUUCACUACAGCCCGACUGGAUCGUCAUUACACUUCUCUGGUUGUCUGGUCUCCUCAUUCUAUGAGACAAGUAUGUACCUAACGGUUUUCUUGGAGGAGGCCAAACUGCUGCUUGUGUCAAACAUACUUUCAUGCAAAUGGGGCGUCUGGUAGACCAGAGUAAUCGAUACCCAAACAAAGGCUUUCCCCAGCCUCAAUGAGCCAUCCUGGAACUGAAAAGAUUCUUCCAACUGAGGGGACAUUUGCAGCUUUGAAUGGAGACUCAGAGCAGAGAGUGAAGGGGGGAAAAAUCUUUGGAAUAUUAUCCUCACCUCACAGCUGAAUAACAAUAAUAAUCUUCUUAUCUGAUUUUUCUAGUAGAGAAGAUACGCAUCAAACUUUUUCAUAUCCGGUUUAAGAAGCCUCUUGCAAGGUACUAGUUGUCUCCUGAGGUAUUUUCCCUCCCCACCUCACACCUAUACCUUCCCUUCUUCUCUUCCUCCGUAAGAGGAAACAUUUAAAAUAGGUGAGUGUAACCACAAUCGUGUAAUAACCGAUACGUUAAAAGCAUUUAAUUUCCUGUCUAAGGAAAUGUGUGAGCAAAGGGAUAUGCUGAGAAAUUUUCCAAUGGAGGGAAAUUAUCUGGAUCAUUUUUUGCCAAAAGUUUUAUAUAUAUAUAUAUAUAUAUAUACAUAUAUAUAUAUAUGUAUAUAUAUAUGUAUAUAUAUAAUAUAGUAUCAGGGCAUGGGAGAACUGAAUUUUUAAAAACUGCUGGAGCUUACAACUCGUCUCCAGGAGAGACCGAGAGGAGGAGAAAUGAAAGGCUGGAAAUGCAUCUGUCAGCAUUUAUCCCAUAGGUUUUUCAUGUAGAAACGGUUGUGUUUAUAUUCUGAUUUUGUAUGCAAUAUGUUGUGUACUAUGCGACUCACACUUCUUGAUAAAUAAAGCACCCAAUAUGUGUCUGUAACCAUGAUCACCUACAUUUUAUUAAACACAUAUCUGUAUCACAA